CUGCAAAGCCUCACCUACACUAAGUCACACGACUUGUGAGCAACUACUACGAUUUCCCUUGCUUCUUUGAUACCCCACCGCACAUACACACAACACCAUCAUGUCUAGCUCAGGCCCCGCGAUCGGUAUCGACCUGGGUACCACGUACUCUUGCGUCGGUAUCUUCAGAGACGACCGCAUUGAGAUUAUCGCCAAUGACCAGGGUAACCGCACAACACCCUCGUUCGUUGCUUUCACCGACACCGAGCGUCUCAUUGGAGACUCUGCGAAGAACCAGGUCGCCAUGAACCCCUCCAACACAGUAUUCGACGCAAAGCGCCUCAUCGGCCGCAAGUUUGCCGAUGCUGAGGUUCAGGCCGACAUGAAGCACUUCCCUUUCAAGGUCAUCGACAAAGGUGGCAAGCCUGUCAUCCAGAUCGAGUUCAAGGGCGAGGAGAAGACUUUCACACCUGAGGAGAUCUCAUCCAUGGUCCUCACCAAGAUGAGGGAAACCGCAGAGUCCUACCUCGGUGGCACCGUCAACAACGCCGUCGUCACUGUCCCUGCCUACUUCAACGACUCCCAGCGUCAGGCUACCAAGGACGCCGGUCUCAUCGCCGGUCUCAACGUCCUCCGUAUCAUCAACGAGCCCACCGCCGCUGCCAUUGCCUACGGUCUUGACAAGAAGACCCAGGGCGAGCGUAACGUUCUCAUCUUCGACUUGGGUGGUGGUACCUUUGAUGUCUCCCUCCUGACCAUCGAGGAGGGCAUCUUCGAGGUCAAGUCCACUGCCGGUGACACUCACUUGGGUGGUGAGGACUUCGACAACCGUCUCGUAAACCACUUCACCAAUGAAUUCAAGAGGAAACACAAGCGCGCAGGUGCCUUCAGCCUCAAACAUCCACCAACAUCCACCAACAUUCGCUUCUGCUGCCGCUGCAUCCUGAGAGAUCAAGACAUGCUGUUCGGCGCCUCUGAUCUGCAGUCCUGUCUUCUUCUGAUCAUCUGGGCCAAUAUUCACACACUUCACUUUGGCAACCCUCUCUUCCGACAUGUUCUCGAUUCCAAGGCUCUGCUUCUUGAUCUCUUCACUGGCCUGUCUCUGUCUUUCUGCCCUGGACUUUGGACGCUGCUCAACCUCGCUGGUCCACCAACUCUCCAGUGGCUUCGUGACCAUCACUCCGAUGCACCGCUCAACGUCUGGGGUGUCUACCUUCUCCUCCUCGAGAAAGAAGGGAGUCGCGCCAUUACAUACAUCGGAUCUGGGACAGCUGCAUCAAGAGGUCUUCGAGCUCGAAUUGAGGAGCAUCACAGUGGCAAAUGUCCAGCUACGUGGGUUCAGGACGCCAUGCGGAAUGGCUGGGACAUCACCCAUACAAUUUUGCUUGCUACCUGUCCAAUCCCUUCCCCAGAGGACGUCCCUGUCUACAGGCUUGUUGUUGUCGCACUCGAGUCUGCCUUGGCUGCGCUCUUCUGGACUUUUCGCCGCCUGGAUCACGAGUAUGGGUAUACCUUCCGCACCUCUUGGACCAGAGAAGAGCUACCCUAUGACGGCGCCUGCACACAUAAUCCCAUUGGCGAACCAGUUUAUGGCAAUUUCCACCUCAGCAAGGAUGAGCUCAAGCAGAUGGCUGCUGAGACAAGAGAGCGAAAUCGAAUCUACCAGCUCGAAUAUGCUCGAGAGCUCCGCAAGAAUCCUACGGAACAGUACAAGAAGACUCAGAAGGCCAACAACAUCAAGCAGAGGCCUGGUACUCAAGGCUCGUCCAGCAAGCAUCAGUUCGCAACAAACUGUAUGAAUGCAAGACCUGCAAUGUCUCAUGCAGAGAUAUGGCAACCUUGGUGCGCCAUAAUGCAACUCCUCGACAUCGGCGAAUGGGUUGAGAAGGGUGCUGAUGCAUGGAAAUGUUGUGGCACCGAUUUCAAAUUCGAGUCCAACUACAACAAGCACAUCACCACCAAGUCUCAUCUGGCGAAGCAUCCGGGAAGCAGCUCACUGACUGCUUACCAGGAUUUGACCUCCAACGCUCGUGCUCUCCGCCGUCUCCGAACUGCUUGCGAGCGGGCCAAGCGCACCCUGUCCUCCUCCGCGCAGACCUCCAUCGAGAUCGACUCCCUGUUCGAGGGUAUCGACUUCUACACCUCCAUCACCCGUGCCCGCUUCGAGGAGCUGUGCCAGGACCUCUUCCGCUCCACCAUGGAGCCUGUUGAGCGUGUCCUCCGCGACGCUAAAAUCGACAAGUCUUCCGUCCACGAGAUCGUCUUGGUCGGUGGAUCUACCCGUAUCCCCAAGGUGCAGAAGAUGGUCUCCGACUUCUUCAACGGCCUGUUGCCUACGGUGCCGCCGUCCAAGGCCGCCAUCUUGUCUGAUGACACCUCCUCCAAGUCGACCUCCGAGAUCCUGCUUCUCGACGUCGCGCCGCUUUCCAUCGGUAUCGAGACCGCUGGUGGUGUCAUGACUGCUCUCAUCAAGCGCAACACCACUAUCCCCACCAAGAAGUCCGAGGUCUUCUCCACCUUCAGCGACAACCAGCCUGGUGUGCUUAUCCAGGUCUACGAGGGCGAGCGCGCGCGCACGAAGGACAACAACCUGCUCGGAAAGUUCGAGCUUACCGGCAUCCCACCUGCGCCUCGUGGUGUUCCUCAGAUCGAGGUCACCUUCGAUGUCGACGCCAACGGUAUCAUCAACGUCUCUGCUCUCGAGAAGGGCACCGGAAAGACCAACAAGAUUGUCAUCACCAACGACAAGGGCCGUCUCUCCAAGGAGGAGAUCGAGCGCAUGUUGGCUGAGGCCGAGAAGUACAAGGCUGAAGACGAGGCUGAGGCUUCCCGUAUCUCUGCUAAGAACGCUCUCGAGUCAUACGCCUACUCGCUCCGCAACACUCUCAGCGACUCCAAGGUCGACGAGAAGCUUGACGCCGGCGACAAGGAGAAGCUCAAGGCUGAGAUUGAUAAGACCGUCGCGUGGUUGGACGACAACCAGACCGCCACCAAGGACGAGUACGAGUCCCAGCAGAAGGAGCUCGAGGGUGUCGCCAACCCCAUCAUGAUGAAGUUCUACGGAGCUGGUGGUGAGGGUGGCAUGCCCGGCGGUAUGCCCGGUGGCGGCAUGCCUGGUGGCGCCGCUCCCGGUGGUCACUCCGAUGACGGUCCUACCGUCGAGGAGGUUGACUAAGCGUAUCGCUCCCGGCUUGCUUUCCUUCAUCUUCAUAUUCCAGCAUAGACUUUUGUCUCGGGCGGUAGUUCCUCGGAGUUCUCGGCUAUUCAAGCCUUUUUCACGGUUUCUUUGAAUGCAUCGGAUGAUUUACGAUCAACAUGAUUCGGAGGGUGAAAAGUUUGCGGUGUUAUGACACCGUGUCAUCGGAUCUUCCUCCUAGAUAGAGAGAAUUGAACAAUUAAUUCAAGAA